GCCCUUUAAAGUCGCACCACUUCCGAGCUGUAAUGAAGCUGAUCGCAAUAACGCUCCAACGCAACAAGGACCGACGUCCGAAUAAGAAAAAAAAAUUCUUAGCAAUAAACGGCCUCUCUUUAGACAGGCUUUGAUGAGGGGAAGACAUUUGGACAUUGGAAUGUUCUAUUCACUCGAAGUCGAAGGAUUUUGCUCUUGGUUCAAUUCUUGGUAGGACGUGGCGUCUGCACCCGAAUGCACUGAAGUAGCCUAAAUUGGGUUAAUGUAACAUCCGUGCAUUAUUGUGGUUUUUAUUUUUCAAUUUUUAUUUUUACGUGCGCAAAGAUAACAGCAUCCUGGAUUACUUUCGUGAAACAGGAAUGGUUUAUCCUCCCGACGGUCUAUUCUACAUCGAAAUGGAUCAAGCACCACCAGCUCUCCCUGCCAGGUCAUCAAAGCCAGUGUCUUCCACCAUGAACAACAACUGCCCGUCCCCUCCUGCAUAUUCACUGCAGGACGCUGAAUGGUACUGGGGAGACAUCACCAGGGAAGAGGUAAACGAGAAGCUCCGAGACACACCUGACGGCUCCUUCCUGGUCCGUGACGCAUCGACGAAGCUGCAGGGAGACUUCACGUUAACGUUGAGAAAAGACGGCCACAACAAGUUGAUCAAAAUUUACCACCAUGACGGCAAGUACGGCUUCUCGGACCCUCUCACGUUCACUUCGGUGGUGGAGCUGAUCUGGUAUUAUCAACACCAUCCGCUGGUGGAGUACAACGCCACACUGGAUCUGAUGCUGACCCAUCCUGUCUCCCGCUUCCAGCAGGUCAAAGAAGACAGCGUGGAUAUGGCUGGGAGGAAGCUGAAGGAGGUUCAUAAUCGGUAUGAAGAGAAAUCCAGAGAGUUUGACUGUCUGUACAAAGUCUUCACAAAGACCUCACAGGAAAUACAAAUGAAGAGAACAGCAAUUGAGGCUUUUAAUGAGACAAUGCUGAUCUUUGAGGAGCAGUGUCGUGAGCAGGAGCGCUACGGCGAGGAAUACGAGAGGAACAAUCAGCCCGAAGCCCUCGAAACAGAUCUCGAAAGCUUUCUCAUAAAUUAUGAAAAGCUCAAGUGCCGACUCGUGGAGAUCUACGACAGCAAGAUUCACCUGGAGGAAGACUUGAGAACGCAAGUGGAGGACUACAGAGAGACGGACAGGAAGAUGAACAGCUUAAGGCCUGACCUCAUCCAGCUACGCAACAUUAGAGACCAGUAUUUGAACUGGCUUAAUCACAAAGGUGUACGGCAGAAACGCAUAAAUGACUGGCUGGGCAUACAGAGUGACAGCCUUGACGACACAUACGUACUAAAGGGGGAUGAAAAGAAUUUGCCCCAUCAAGAUGAGACAAGUUGGUUAGUUGGAGAAAUGAGUAGGACACAGGCUGAGGAGAUGCUUCAAGGAAAAGUUCCUGGAACGUUCCUGAUCCGCGAAAGCAGCAAACAGGGAUGUUACGCCUGCUCUGUUGUGGUGGACAAGGAAGUGAAGCAUUGCAUGAUCUACAGCACACCGCACGGAUACGGCUUCGCCGAGCCGUACGACGUCCACUGCUCGCUGAAAGAGCUCGUUCUGCACUAUCGCCUGCACUCUUUAGCUCAACACAACGACGCCCUGGAUGUUCGGCUGUCGCAUCCAGUGAACGCCAAAGCUGCAUCCUCACCUUCUCAGCAUAUAGAGGAUCACAAACUCUUACAAACUCCAAAACACACAGCAGGGCUUCCACCUGCCGCACCAGAAAUGUAAUCCAAACGAGAGAGAAAGAGAGAGAGAAAGAGAGAGAGAGACACAAAAGGACAUAUGUUUACUGUAUCCUGCGGAAAGGACUGCAUCGGAGGUGCAUUGUGUAAAAUUUUUGCACUACAGUGAUUCCAUCUUUUUUUUUUUUUUGUGAACGAGAGUUCACAUAUUGAAGUGGGACUGGAACUUGAAUGUCAGCUUAAACUCUUUUUGUUUUCGUUUGAUUGUUUGGUUGGUUGUUUUUAAAAAACAGUUUAAGCUUUCCGGAAAAAAACAAAAAAAGAGAAAAAAAAGUACUUCAUUUAUUGCAGUUUUUUUUUUUUUUUUUUUUAGUGGACACUUUGGUAAGGGAUAUUGACAACCAGAUAAAUGCUCACUAAUUUCAGGUGCUGCACCUUUGUUUGACUUCAGCUUUUACAAGGCAAACGUUAAUGUCCUUAUGCCUAGAAAAAAAAAAUUAUAUAGUCGUGGAAAUUUGACCAAUACGUUGGAUGUAUAUUAGGUAACUACUUACUGCAUUUGCCGAGGGGGGUACUGUGAGCAGGCCCGAUCUUGUCAUGGUGGACCAAACCGUUCUUGGGCCGACGCUAGGUGUGAAUAUGUGAAAAUUUGUGGUGCACAUGACAUAUUCUCUUUUUCUUAUUAGAUAUUCAUUUACAGUGGCUAAUUAUGUAGCAGUAACAUCCUGUAGAAUACCAUUGUAAGAGUAUUCAAUGUUAUAUCCAUAGACCAAAGCACUUAAUAGUGAGCAAAUCUACAUCCCUGUUUAGUCUUGUAAUUGCAGUUGGGCAAGGGUAGGGCAAUUUAUGUACACCUGCUGAUGUGCUGAUCAAAUCAUAAUCUGAAGUACUGUAUGUUAUAUUCUGUUACUCAAAGAAGUAUAAGCUUUUUGUAUUCUAUAUAUAUUUUUUCUAUAAACAUGCCACAAAAAUGAAAGCUUGAAGAAAGUGCAAUCCAACAGUAUUUUUAUUGUUGCAAUGUAUGACGACGACGACGAUGGUGGUGAAGGUAAUGCUGUUAUGAGAGGUUGACGAUUGCCACAACAAUGCACUCUCUUUGGUGGUGUCAGUGUGAUGUGGCCUCCGAUGUUUGUGUGAACUGCCAGAGGUCCGGAUGUAUCCUGCCUCCAUUACUUGAACUGUGGCAUUGCUCAAGCUAUGAAUGUUUUUUUUUUUUUUUUUUUUUUCAUGACAUGCAGCCUACAUAGCUUAAGAGGAAAGGAAUCCAUGUUGAACUUGGCACAUUUUUCAAGUGUGAGGACAAUAGAUACUCUGUACAGAGAAACUGUAACCUGUAUUUCUGAGGUUGGUUUAUGGAAGGAGGGUGUUUAAGCCUCUUGUUAAAAAAAUGGAACUCCACUUGAGGAUUGAGGAAACUCCUCGGGUGAAGCUAAGCAAUGUGAGAUCCUAACCUUUUUCUGGCUAAAAGACAAUAAACUGAUAAGGGUUUUGUCAA